AUGGCGACUGUCUGCGGCGCCUUCCGGCAGCUAACGAGCGCGUGCGUGUCUGCGCCGGAGUCUCCAGCAGCGCUAAAGGCCGGACGAGCGUCGUCCCUGUCGUCGUCGCGCGAAUUGGCUCUCUUUUCAGCGCCUAAUACAGCGCCCCUGACAUUCACGGGACCCGCCACGCGCAUCGCUCGCAACAGUCGUGCAGGCCAGGGGAGCUACACAUCGCUGGAGCAGUUUACGCGCUCCGUGGAAAAGAUUUCGACGUUGCGCGUGGCCAGGCUGCGCGCGGGCGAACGCGCGGGCACCAUGUUUAGCUCUUUGGACGCGUUACUGGGUGUGCAAUUGGUGGCCUCGUCACGGCACGACUUCCGCGUCUGUGUCAACUUUGUGCUGCCUGGUAGCGACGCUGAGGCACUAGGUAUCCACCCAGCAGCGCUGGUGGCUGCUAUAAACGGCAAAUCCAUACGUGGCGUGAGUCUGCAGCGCGUACUGAGCACAAUUCGACGCGCUCUCUGCACGAACGAUAACAGGAAUGAUGGCACAGCCAUCGAGGUGCCGAAUCUUGGGGAGCAUAUUGAGAUUGAUCUAGCCCAGAGAGAGCACGAGAUGAAUGUAGACCGCAACCCAUACGCGCUCACGCAAUUCCCGUCGCCCCAGGGCCAUCACUUACCCGGCGUAAAGCAGUUCCAAGACGACUUAGAACCAGACACGAGACAGGAGCCCAUGCAGAUACAGGAACAGACCUCUCCAACUCUGGGAAGACAAAGAUCCAGGUCUUUCAAGCACUUUUGGAUGUCUGACAGGUCCAGCAAAGCUUGUUAUGAGUGCGAACAGCUCUUCACAUUCUUCAAAAGGAGACACCACUGUCGAUCGUGUGGUCAGAUAUUUUGUGCGAACUGUUGUGCGAGACUGCCGCAGUCCUUUGGAGGCAACAAAGUGGAUGAAUCUAUUGAACGACUGAGGAAGCAGCUGGUGUGUCAUACGUGCCAUAGACAGCUCCGAGAAGGCCUGCAGAUGGAGCUUACAGGAGCCAAUUUUGAGGAAGACCCACAGAACUCAGUGAGAUCUCCUCGUGCUCAGACGCUGCUACUGAUGCCGCAACAUAUCGCUGAAGCUAUGGAACGCUCGACGUCCGACGCUUCUAAUUACAAACAGCUGGACAAGUCAGAGUUGUUUGGCAAAGACGAGAUCAGCGACGAUAUGCGCGUUAGUGAAUCGUUGGAGAAGUCGCGACCGCCAGUGCUGUUUAGUAUGUUUCCGAAGGUUCAGAUCGUUGCGAGUGCGCAGCAUUUGGCACAUCAGCCUCAUUUACAUGAGUUGACGAAGGAGGUCAAGCAAACUGGACAUGAUACUGGACGCAGACUGAGGACAUUUAGCGAUUCUCAGAUGCUAUCUGGAAGGAAAGACGCUCAGCACGCGUCGCGAAAACUCAAGCGCUCAAACAGCCAGACGGAUUUAGGGAACCCGAGCAACCAUCGCUGGAGCGAAGCAGAGUUUAAGCGUCUUGUCGCAGAGUCGAAUGCUCAAGCACGACUUGCCGGAGCGUUCCCUCCCACCUCGAAUGCAAUGACAACGCGUCCCAAGGCACUGUCCGCGUCAUUUGACACGCCACGCUUCGGAAACGCUGCUCAGUGGUGUCCGUUCGGCCCUAACAAACUAGCAGCGAAGGAUUCCGGCAUCCUUACUAUGGUUGGAUUGUCCCAGGAUGUUCACAACGAGGCAGAAAACUCUGAAUGUGUUGCCAGACGUGACGCAGCCUUGGAGAAAAUGUCUAAAGAUGCUCGUGAUCGUAUCGAAGAGCGCAUCUUCCAUUUGUUGGACAGCUCCCCGGCAGUGUCGCAGCUGUUGAUGGUCGAGCAGCAUAGAUGGAUGCAAAUUAUCAGCUAUUUCGCUCACCGAGCGGCGCUAACUGUAUCCUGUGAGCCUGAUAAAGGUGAUUUGCUGGAUAUUAUGCACUAUGUCCGUGUCCAGUGCUUAGAUGGAGGCCGCGUGCAAGAUAGUUUCUUUAUCGACGGCGUUCUCGUUCACAAAAGUCUGGCUCGCAAAGGAAUGAGAAGCGAUAUCCUGAACCCGCGUAUCCUCCUGAUCGCCUCAGCUUUAGACUACCAGCGCAAGAAGGAGGCUAUAUCGUCGCUGGAGAGUGUUGCUGUUCAAGAAGUGGAGUACAUGCACAUCGUUACGGAGAAGAUCCUGACUCUCAACCCUGAUAUUGUCAUGUUUGAAGGCCAUGUGCACCGAGUUGCCGAGGAAUUUCUCUGCAAAGCCAACGUAUCAGUCGUCAAGAACGUCCGGUUAAUCGACUUGCAGCGUAUUGCUCGCUGCACGGGCGCAUCUGUACUCACAUCGUAUGAUCACAUUGACAAAAUGUCGGAUGUCGGGGUUAUCGGCACCUGCAAGCGAUUCUACGUCCUACUGAGCGAUCAAGAGCCCAAAAGUGCGAAGAAAAUUGCAUUUAGGGCCAAUGCGGAUGGAUUUUACGUAGCAGAAGACAGCUAUGCAGUCUCCAAGCAACGGAAGAAGCGCACACAACGUCAGAACAUCGUGUUCGAAGGAGGAAUUACAUCAAAGGGCUGCACUUUGUGCUUGCGUGGAGGAACAUCAGACGUUUUCACGGAGAUUACUAACGUACUGACCGCAAUCAUCCGAGCCGCCUACAACAUGCGGCUGCAGAGGUCAAUGCUGGCAGCUUACGGGUAUAUUGCACCUUGCCAGAACCAUGAGCGGUCUGUAGCAGAGGAAUGGUUUGCCAAGUCGUCGACAUCCCUCUAUAUCUCACUCAAGUCUAAUUCUCUGUCGAUGCGUGCCGCCCUGAAGGAGACGCAGGCGAUGUGCAAGUGGUGCAAGGCUCACACACGGUUUAACAAUAUCAGCUCGCUCCGAGUGGUUCGUGGAGCAGACGACGACGACUGUAGCGUGUCGAGCACAUCCGAAGUGCAGUCGGGUCACCCCAAUUGGUGCACAUGCGGUGCAAAGUCGUCCAACUCUCUUAGGGAUCGCAUCCUGUUUUCUACGUGCUGGAGUUCGCUGGAGGGUAAAACGGCGUCCAAAGCAGACAUGAUGUGUAUCGACUUCUACAGCUCCAACGACAUGUCCGUUGGCCAGUUCUUCGACAAUUUUUGCUUCUCGAGCAGCAAAACUGAGUUUAAACGCGCAUUCUCAACGUCGAAGCUGUCGUUUUCACAUGAUACUGGCCGUGUGAUCGUACGAGUGAAGGAUUUGAAUGAUUUUAAGGACUCAAGUGACCAACUACCAACGGAAUUCCUUCGAGAGCUCAACUACCGUGCUGUCCUGAAGCAUAUUCGGUCCGAGGAUGUGCUAAUGUGGUCACGCAACAUGAGCGGUGGUAACCACUUGUCCUCGGAGUAUUCUUUGGUGCCGCGUGACUUGUGGAACUACUCGUUUGGAAAGUUUCUGGAGGAUAUGCUCUACGGGAAGGCUAUGGACAUUGACUGUGUCCGCUUUCCCCAUUUGGCUGGUGUGAGUGGGUCACGAGAUUCGUCGCUGGUUCACUAUUUCUCUCGUCGGGGACGAGUUGUCAGCGUUCACGUGGAGCCUCUCGAGCCUGUUCUCCACGUUGCGUUGCAGCCGGCACUUUGGAAGGAACAUAUUGACCAUCAGGUUCAGCUUGAUGCCAUCCAUGAUCUUUGCGAUCUCGUUCGUGAAGUUUACGGCGUCACGACGUCGAAAGUUGCUGAGUCGAUGGCCGAUCUGGUCACACCGCUCCAUGCCAAGCAGAACUUGAAGAUCCUGAGGAAUGAAGUCCAGCAAUGGUAUUCCUGCUUCGGCGCCAAGAUCGAGUCGAAUCCGCCGCAAGAUGUGUUCGCGUAUAACGCUCACUUUCGUGAAAUCUACGAGUAUGCAGUCGGUUGGAGCUUGCGUAUCACACGCGCUGUUCAGGCUACAGUUAAGCCCACGAUGGCGAGUCUUGUCAAUAGCCCAAAGAGCGCAUUGCCUAAGGCUUGGUUCGACCAGUUAGCACAGCAAGCGGAAUCCAGUGAACGCUACAGCGACCGCUACAGUGAGCCCCCUACUCCCAGUGAACUUGAAGCAACGCCAGUAAACAUCAACUUUCAGGAGCCUGGAAACUUGGCGCAUCUCGCAAGUUUUGCACGCAGCUUGGCUGCUGCCAAGAGUGCUUCUCCAGCUGGAGGAAUGGCUGAAGUAGCCAACGAAGUAGCCAAUACCUUGCGACAAAAUGGAACUACGAGCUCGCGUCAAUCGGAACCAUGGGACACAGACGAAAGCUACGAUCGAUACGAUGAAUCGAGCCACUCAUUCCCAGCCGACUAUAAGGUGGAAACGGAAUCGUUUCCGGCAGCGUUGUUUAAGCAAUCCAUCUCAACCGUGGGUGUUCCUGGCCAUGUUUCAGCUACAAUGGGAGCACUGGCAUCCAAGACAGCGCUUGAGAACUUCCGUUUGACGCAACAAGCUAAGAAACCUGACGGGUUGGGCUACUUGGCACUGCCUAAACGUCUACUGGAGUGGCAUCCUAGCUUGCUCAUGGGUGCAAACAAGGCUACGGUUCUGGUUAACGCUAAACAGCCGACUUCAGUGGUGGCGUAUUCUUUGUUUUCGAACGAGUACAGCCAAUGCAUCAACGAUAACAUGAGGAAGGAAGCCACGCGGUUUGCUCUCGAGUCGAAGACGAACGGCACGUCGCCUCCUGUUGACUGCGAUCUAUCCGAAGAGAUCAGGAGCAUGCUACGUGUUCUCCGCUCCACAACGCGCAACAAUGUGGACCACAGUUUCGUCGACGAAAACCAGUUCCAAUCUGCCAUGCGCUUCAGCUGCAAGUCGUACUACGCCAUGCAAUUCCACGCACUCCGAAAACUGUACUACGGCGGUGACAGAAACUAUGUGGAAUCUCUGUGCAACUGCCAGCAAUGGAAUGUAGCAGGUGGUAAGUCUGGCGCUGGUUUCUUAAAGACCCGUGACGAACGCUUUAUCGCGAAGGCUAUCCCGGAGAUCGAGCUGCAAAUGUUCCUGAGUAUGGCUAACGAGUACUUCUGCUACAUGGCCAAGACGUUUGAGAACGACCUGUCUUCCAUGCUGUCAAAAGUGCUGGGUAUCUACAAGGUUUCCAUCUCCAACACGACUCAAAGUGGCGACAGUGACCAGAACGUGCGUAUGUGCGUGGUCGUGAUGGAGAAUUUGAUGUACGGACGCGAAGUGGACUUUUCGUUUGACCUGAAAGGCAAGAUGGAAGGACGAUACAAAGAGGAUCAGAGUGGAGACAGUCGCAGCGUCUUGUGGGAUCGCAAUUUCGUUGAGUUAGCUGGUGGGAUCCCGUUGCCUUUGCAAGAGUCUGCGUUGUCGCUGCUUCUGUCUGCCAUCAUGAACGAUACAACUUUCUUGGCAUCGGUGCAAGCCACAGACUACUCCAUGCUGGUGGGCUAUGAUGUCAAGAAACAGGAGCUGGUGGCGUGUAUUAUCGACUAUAUCCACAAGUAUGAUUUCAUGAAGAUGAUGGAGCACGCCGGCAAGCGAUUGAUCCAGGAGGAGGGCGAGAUCACGGUGCUCAACCCGAAACACUACCGCAAGCGCUUUUGUCUGGCCAUGAACAAGUAUUUCGUCACCAUCCCGUCGCGUUAUACUAAGGUGACGACUGUUGUACGAAACACGGCAUCCACCACAACUGUCGGUAGCACUGGUACAACUACCCAAGACGAGGACAAGGACAGAGACUUCAUUCAACCUCCGUACAGCACCAGCACGAAUGCCAGUAGUGUCAGCACGAUCGCAUCGGUUGUGGGCACUCAUCGCCGCCAGCUUUGAGAGGGAACGACAGCACCGCGGCGACAGUAAUUUACACUGUACACUAGCGCAAUCUUGUCAGCAGAGCACGACGAAUUGCUGGAAAUCAAGCGAAGAUGCGGACGAACUGGAGCAAGUCGAGUAGAAUAUCGUCUCGAGGUAAAAAUGAAAUGCAGUUUCACAU